AUGAAGCUGAAGGAUUUAAAAGCUAAGAAUUACUUGUUUCAGUCACUUGACAAGUCAAUUCUGAAGACGAUUACACAGAAGAAGACAUCUAAACAACUGUGGGAUUCCAUGAAGAUGAAGUGUCAAGGUAAUGUUCGAGUGAAGAGAGCCCAGCUCAUUCGUCUACGCCGGGACUUUGAGAUUCUGGCAAUGAAGCAGGGCGAAUCGAUAAAUGAUUACUUUGGUCGAGUAAUGACAAUUGAAAAUGACAUGAGGAAUUAUGGGGAAGAUGUGAGUGGUGUCAAGAUCGUUGAGAAGAUUUUGAGAACACUUGCUGAUAAAUGGAUUUACAUUGUUUGUUCCAUUGAGGAAGCCAGGGACAUAGAUCAACUCUUUGUGGAUGCCUUACAAAGUUCUCUGAUCGUUCAUGAGAAAAAAUUAAAAUGA